ACCUGUGUACAGAAUCUUUCCAGUCUAGUCCGCGGCAUUUCCGACGAAUAGGAACUACUUCACAGAGUACCUCCGAAGACAUACACAAACACACACAUCAAAAUGCCUUUUGUUCCCGUGGAAACUCCCAAGUGCCCAGCAUGCGGAAAGUCGGUCUAUGCCGCUGAGGAGCGCGUUGCUGGUGGCUACAAAUUCCAUAAAACAUGCUUCAAGUGCAGCAUGUGUAACAAGGCUCUGGACUCCACAAACUGCACCGAGCAUGAAAAGGAACUGUUCUGCAAAAACUGCCACGGACGCAAGUACGGACCCAAGGGUUACGGUUUCGGUGGUGGUGCCGGUUGCCUGUCCAUGGACACUGGCUCUCACUUCAACAGAGAGUAAGGACUAAAAUAAAAUAUGUUUUGUAUGAAAAGUGUCAAAUUCCUUGAAUUAAAUGUGUAGUGUUGCUUGCUAUUAGAACCUGUA